AUGGAGGGGAAGAGGCAGAGGCCAUUGGCUCAAAAGUGGACGGUGAUGCUCUUCUUGGGCACGUGUCUCCUCUACUGUGCCAGGAUGGCCAUGCCAAUCUGUGCUGUCAACAUGGCCACCACGUUUGGCUGGAGCAAGACGCAGUCGGGUGUGGUAAUGGGGGGCUUCUUCUGGGGUUACUGCUUCACUCAGGUGCUGGGAGGUUACGCCAGCGACAGAAUUGGUGGAGAACGGGUCCUGCUUCUUGCCACUACAUCCUGGGCUUCCAUUACAGCAUGCACCCCUCUGUUGGCGCGACUGGGCAUCAGUCCCCUCACCUCCAUGACGGUGGCCAGAUUCCUUAUGGGGCUAUUACAAGGCGUCCACUACCCCUCUUUAGCCAGUCUUUGCUCCCAACGUGUGGUUGAAGUGGAGAGAGGCUUUUUGAUGAGUACAAUGGGCAGUGGCUCUUAUAUGGGAACACUGAUGGUGGGGGGACUGGGGUCCGUGAUGUUGGAACGCUACGACUGGGAGAGUGUGUUCUACGGCGUUGGUCUGCUCUCGGGACUGUGGUCAUUGACUGUGUGGAGAUUUCUACUGAGAGGUCAAAUGAACACAAUGCAAAUGCUGUCAAGCCAUGGAUCCAGUUCGGGUCUGUCAAAGAAACGCUGGCUAAAAAUGUUAAAACAGCCCUCUGUGUGUGCCAUGGUCUUUGCUCACCUAUGCUUCAGCAGUACUAGUUACACAUUGAUGUCAUGGCUACCAACCUUUUUCAAAGAUACAUAUCCGCACGCCAAGGGAUGGGUGUGUAACGUAAUUCCAUGGUUGGUUGCAAUCCCAUCUGCGCUCUUUGGAGGCAUAAUUUCGGAUCAAUUAAUUCAGCAAGGAUUUGGAACAGCAUCUGUUAGGAAGAUGAUGCAGUUCAUGUCCAUGGGUGUGUCCAGUGUGUUUAUCCUGCUACUCUGCAGGCCACUCUCCUUCCCUUCCGCUGUGGUCUUUGUCUCCGCUGCUAUGGGCCUGGCCACCUUCAACAGCAGUGGUGUGUCUGUGAAUGUACAAGACCUCGCCCCAUCGUGUGCUGGAGCCAUGUUUGGAUUUAUGAAUAUGUGUGGGGCUUUCACAGGUCUGGUGCUGGUCUACGUCUCUGGGUACCUGAUUGAGGUCACAGCUUCCUGGGCUUCCGUGUUCUCCCUCAUCACAAUGGUGAAUACCAUGGGCCUCGGAGCAUUCCUCAUGUUUGGUGAAGCCAACCGUGUGGACUUGUGGAAUUCGUCCAAAGUCACAUGUUUAUGA